GCCACACAACUCGGUUGAGACGUACUGUGGUGGAUGCCAAGAAUAGUUUCGCCAUAAGUAAAUUAAACUUCGUUAUCUUUUGAAGGGUCUUUAUUUCAAUCAUGUCUGUGAAUUCUGUCCAUUGGUUUCGCAAAGGUUUGAGACUGCAUGAUAAUCCAGCGUUGCAAGAAGCAUUGGACGGUGCUGACACAGUGCGUUGUGUUUAUAUUUUGGACCCUUGGUUUGCUGGUUCUGCUAAUGUUGGACUGAAUCGAUGGAGGUAAGUGACCAUAUAGCUAGCUAAGUAUAUAUAUUUUUAGAUAAGAGGUUGAGAGCUGAUUGUUGUAUGCCAGCUACGAACUAGACUUGAUUUGGCAGUGCUGACUAGCCUUGCAAGAAGAUAGCCAGGCAAUACUUGCCUUGUUGUCAAAUAGUUUGUUGGAUAGCUAGUUGCUGUUAGUUAACUAACUAUUACGACGUCAACACACAGUUCCAAUGGGCAACGACACAGCUAGCUCGUUAGUUUAAAUUCCUACAGAAAAUCUAGUUCAAACUAAUGCAUAACGUGAUCUCCGUUUGAUGUUAAAAACAUGCUGGCACAUAAGAACACUUUAUCUGAGUAUCUUUCCACCAAAGUGUUAAAAAUGAUAUUCAGCUAACAUAACAUGUUUAUUCAUUUGUGAAAUAUACUGCAAUAGCUACAAAUACAAGGUUAGAUUGAAUCACAAAUGUUGUUAGACUAAACUAUAUCGCGAGAUACUUGUUAUAAGAAUGAAGACAUUACUAGAACGAGGGAAGUAGAAUGGCUUUGAACUAUCAAACCUGUAUAAUUAUUAGUUAUCAUUAAAGCAAGUUAAACGAAAACCAGGACUUUUCAUUUAAAUGUUUCACAGCAAAUACAAACAUCCACAUACGAACAACAAUUUACAGACGCACACAAACAGCGACUACAUCUCCUCUGCACACACCCACAUCCCUAGUGCCUGCCUUAUUGUUUGCCACAUGGCCUUAAAUUGUAGCAGUUUGUUUUUCUCGGUCGGCCAUGCUAUUUCAAUAAUAAAUCAUUCGAUUUUUCCAUUGAGUUGACGAUGGCGGAUUAAUUGAUUUCCACGUUUUUUAUAAUGUUUUUUCAAGACUAGUGACGAGAAGAGAAUCAUCCAGCCCAUUGGGUAUCUCACUACACCCCCAAAUGCCACGUCUUGAAAUAUGCAAACACGAUGAUAAAAAAUAAAUAAAAUUAAGUUAAAAGCUUCCAAAGUAUUGAAUAGAAAAGGCCAUUCAAGACGGUCUAAAGCCUUUUCAGCAUCAACAGCCGGUUAUUUAUAAAUCUACAGUGCCUUCGGAAAGUAUUCAGACCCCUUGACUUUUUCCACAUGUUACGUUACAGCCUUAUUCUAAAAUGGAUUAAAUACAAAUAAAUCCCUAGCAAUCUACACAUAAUACCCCAUAACAACAAAGCGAAAACAGGUUUAUAGAAAUCUUUGCAAAUUUAUUAAAAAUAAAAAACAGAAAUACCUUAUUUACGUAAGUAUUCAGACCCUUUGCUUUGAGACUCGAAAUUGAGCUCAGGUGCAUCCUGUUUCCUUUGAUCAUCCUUGAAAUGUUUCUACAACUUGUUUGGAGUUCACCUUUGGUAAAUUCAAUUGAUUGGACAUGAUUUGGAAAGGCACACCCCUGUCUAUAUAAGGUCCCACAGUUGACAGUGCAUGUCAGAGCAAAAACCAAGCCAUGAGGUCGAAGGAAUUGUCCGUAGAGGGUCGAGACAGGAUUGUGUCGAGGCACAGAUCUUGGCAAGGGUACCAAAAAAUGUUUGCAGCAUUGAAGGUCCCCAAGAACACAGUGGCCUCCAUCAUUCUUAAAUGGAGGAAGUUUGGAACCACCAAGACUCAUCCUAGAGCUGGCGCAAACUGAGCAAUCGGGGAGAAGGGCCUUGGUCAGGGAGGUGACCAAGAACCCGAUGGUCACUCUGACAGAGCUAGAGUUCCUCUGUGGAGAUGGAAGAACCUUCCAGAAGGACAACCAUCUCUGCAGCACUCCACCAAUCAGGCCUUUAUGUAAGAGUGGCCAGACGGAAGCCACUCCUCAGUAAAAGGCACAUGACAGCCCGCUUGGAGUUUGCCAAAAGGCACCUAAAGACUCUCAGACCAUGAGAAACAAGAUUGAACACUUUAUCCUGAAUGCCAAGCGUCAUGUUUGGUGGAAACCUGGCACCAUCCCUUCGGUGAAGCAUGGUGGUGGCAGCAUCAUGCUGUGGGGAUGUUUUUCAACAUCAGGGACUGGGAGACUAGUCAGGAUCGAGGGCAAGAUGAACGGAACAAAGUAUAGGGAGAUCCUUGAUGAAAACCUGCUCCAGAGCUCUCAGGACCUCAGACUGGGGUGAAGGUUCACCUUCCAACAGGACAACGACCCUAAGCACACAGCCAAGACAACACAGGAGUGGCUUCGGGACAAGUCUCUGAAUGUCCUUGAGUGGCCCAGCCAGAGCCCAGACUUGAACCCGAUCGAACAUCUCUGGAGAGACCUGAAAAUAGCUGUGCAACAACGCUCCCCAUCCAACCUGACAGAGCUUGAGAGGAUCUGCAGAGAAGAAUGGGAGAAACUCCCCAAAUACAGGUGUGCCAUGCAAGGUCAAGCUGCUCCCACAACAGCUCAAUAGGGUUGAGGUCCGGUGACUGUGCUGGCCACUCCAUUAUAGACAGAAUACCAGCUGACUGUUCCUCCCUAAAUAGUUCUUGCAUAGUUUGGAGCUGUGCUUUGGGUCAUUGUCCUGUUGUAGGAGGAAAUUGGCUCCAAUCAAGCGCCGUCCGCAGGUUAUGGCAUGGCGUUGCAAAAUGGAGUGAUAGCCUUCCUUCUUCAAUAUCCCUUCUACCCUGUACACAUCUCCCAUCACAUUGCCUCCACCAUGCUUGACAGAUGGCAUCAAGCACUCCUCCAGCAUCUUUUCAUUUGGUCUGCGUCUCACAAAUGUUCUUCUUUGUGAUCCGAACACCACAAACUUUGAUUUGUCUGUCCAUAACACAGUCUUCCUCUGUCCAGUGUCUGUGUUCUUUUGCCCAUCUUCAUCUUUUCUUUUUAUUGGCCAGUCUGAGAUAUGGCGUUUUCUUUACAACUCUGCCUAGAAGGUCAGCAUCCCGGAAUCGCCUCUUCACUGUUGAUGUUGAGACUGGUGUUUUGCGGGUUCUAUUUAAUGAAGCUGCCAGUUGAAGACCUGUGAGGCGUCUGUUUCUCAAACUAGACACUCUAAUGUAUUUGUCCUCUUGCUCAGUUGUGCACCGGGGCCUCCCACUCCUCUUUCUAUUCUGGUUAGAGCCAGUUUGCGCUGUUCUGUGAAGGGAGUUUCUCGCAUGGAAUAGCCUUCAUUUCUCAGAACAAGAAUAGACUGACGAGUUUCAGAAGAAUUUGUUUUGUUUCUGGCCAUUUUGAGCCUAUAAUCGAACCUGCAAUUGCUGAUGUUCCAGAUACUUAACUAGUCUCAAGAAGGGCAGUUUAUUGCUUCUUUAAUCAGCACAACAGUUUUCAGCUGCGCUAACAUAAUUGCAAAAGGGUUUUCUAAUGAUCAAUUAGCCUUUUUAAAAUGAUAAACUUGGAUUAGCAAACACAAAGUGCCAUUGGAACACAGGACUGAUGGUUGCUGAUAAUGGGCCUCUGUAUGUAGAUAUUCCAUAAAAAAUCAGCCGUUUCCAGCUACAAUAGCCAUUUACAACAUUAACAAUGUCUACACUGUAUUUCUGCUCAAUUUUAUGUUAUUUUAAUGGACAAAAAAAAAUCAUUUCUUUCGGAAACAAGGACAUUUCUAAGUGACCCCAAACUUUUGAACAGUAGUGUAUGUAAAUGUACCAUUUCAGUUUUUUUAUUUUUAGUAAAUUAGCAAAAAUGUCUAAAAACCUGUUUUUGCUUUGUCGUUAUGGGGUAUUACGUGUAGAUUGAUGGGGAUUAAAAAUAAUUACACAUUUUAGAAUAAAGCUGUAACGUAACAAUGUGAAAAAGUCAAGGGGUCUGAAUACUUUCCAAAGGCACUGUAUAUCUUGUUUUUUUGCAUAUUGUAUUAAACUGAAACAUGUUCUUGUAUUUCUUUGUAAGUGUUUUUAUAAGCCCUGUUUGAUUGAUAUGUAUCACGUCUGGUAAGACUUUUGCCAUUCUAUUGCUUAUAAGCUUUGUUAUUUUAUUGCCACAAUUUAUUAAACUUAUGGGUCUAUAAUCAACAUGGGACACUCUGCUGAUAAUUGCUUCAGAGUUGUUGAGUCUAAGAAGGCUAUACGAUCUGUCCAACUGCUGUUUAAUUCUGAUUUAUAUAAAUGUUCAUGUAAGCUUUUAAAAUUCAUGAAUCGCGUUGUUUAUUUCUAAUUACCGCUUUUGUAUCUUUAUCUUUUAACAUUAUAACUGGUUUAGCAUGUAUUGGUUUUGUGUGAGAGCUGCGAGAUAUUUACCAGUAGUAAGCUUUAUUUGAGUUGAACCUGUAGCUGUUGGCUCUGUUCAAAAGUAAAAUAUCCUAUUCCUGAUAUUUUCUUCUUUACCUUUUUAAAGAUUGUUUAUGGGCUUUUUCUAAGAUGGUGAUUUAUUUUUCUUUAAUUUAAAUUUCUUAAUCAGAUUUAACUUUAGCAGAGUAUGAGAUCAUCAUUCCCCCACUGUAUGCCUGAAAGACGUCCCAAAUUAUAUCGGCGGUUGGCUUCUCUGUCUUCUAUCUACAUUUUGUAAUGGUAAAGGUUUAGAUUUUUUAAUUUACAUAUUGAAUAAAUGUAGGGUCUGAACAGAGCACAUCUUCUAUUCUCCAAAUUCUGUCGCUAAGUGUAUUUUCUAUUGGUGUAAUUAAGCAUGAUACCGGAGAAUGAUCCGAUAUCACUUUUAUCAUGAAUUUUUUUUAUCAAGUAAAUUGUUGAGUGCAUUUUUGGAAAUAAUGAUGUAGUCAAUUCUUGAAUAGCUUUUCUUACUUUGAAAAAUAAAAAAGGACUAGUAUUUUGUAGUUGGGAAUAGUCAUCUCCAGGUGUCCUGUAGAAUAUUUGUAGAGAUGACAUUUUACAGCCUCUUUUGGAGGCUCCCUAAAUGUGCCUUUUUUAUUAAUGCGUCUGUCAAUCUUAUUGAAUGUAUGAUUUAGUUCACCUGCUAAAAUAAUACUUCCUGUCUGGAUUUGAUCUAACGCCAGAUUUGCCCCUGGUGGGAUAUAUAAUGAUAUCUGUGUAUUUUUCACCAAUUCAACUUCAGAAAACAGCCUUCUUGGUCCAUGUGCUUAUUUUAAUAUAGCAACACACCAAGCACCAAAACAUAGGCACUUGUUUUGUAGGCAAGAACAGAGUUGGCCCAUGUCAUGUUAGGUCAUUCUUCUACAAAUUGUUGAACAUUCUAACUGUACAGAAGAACGUAACAUAUAAAAAUGUCCAUUGGUAAGUGGGAAACAAACUCUCAUACUGAUAACUGCACUGAUGUUAAGUUAACAUCUGUAACCUUAUCCUUCUCAUGCAGAUUUCUAUUGGAAGCCUUGGAGGACCUCGACACGAGCCUCCGGAAACUAAAUUCGAGGCUCUUCGUAGUACGAGGCCAGCCCACAGACGUCUUUCCAAUACUUUUCAAGGUGAGGAGAUGUAAAACGAGUGACCAAAUGAGCUAGGAUGACAAAUCUGGUAUUAUAAUAAUAAUAUGCCAUUUAGCAGACGCUUUUAUCCAAAGCGACUUACAGUCAUGCGUGCAUACAUUUUUGUGUAUGGGUGGUCCCGGGGAUCGAACCCACUACCUUGGCGUUACAAGCGCCGUGCUCUACCAGCUGAGCUACGGAGGACCACAUGGUAUGUGUAGAUAGACUGAAAAGCACUCCCAGACAGACCCGUCUCCACAUUUGCAGCGCUGCACAUGACCGCUGAGCUUCAGCCUCGCUAACUGCUGUGGUAAAGAUUUCACACACCACUUCAAUAUGUCAGAUUGCUUAUGACACCCAGAUGCAAUGGUUUUAAACUCUAAAUAAAAGGACACAGGGCGGCAAGUCAUGUACAUUUUCUCUUUGUUUAUGUGCACCCCCCUACUGUUUCUUGCCCACACUGUGCACCUAGGCAACGCCAUUAGUGUUGAUACGAUACACAACCGUGUCAGUCCGAAUGGGUUCAAUCGCAAGGCAGUUGUUUGUGCCUUCUGUGAAGCAAUACCUGGUGACACCCAGACAGACACCGCUGUGGCUGUAGUCAGGAUAAGGGGUACUGACUCAAUGGUUAAGGAAUGGCUAAAUGUUGGUGAUGUUCCUCCGAGUGUAGCUGGUUUUCCAGUAUUGUCUUCAAAUGCAUAUUUGCAUAGAAUAUUCAGGUAGGGUAAUCGGCCAGUUUUGAAGGGGCAUGAAUUAUGCAAGACCAGUAACUGGAUGCCUCGACUCGUCUACGGAGUCACACACUAUACUUCAUUCCUGUUGUGUACGGGUGCAUCAAAGCUGAGACCAAGAGACUGAGAAACUUCUAUCUCAAGGCCAUCAGACUAUUAAACAGUCACCACUAGCCUUAGUCACUGUUCUAGCCGGCUACCAUGGGGCACUCUACCCUGCACCUUAGAGACUGCUGCCCUAUGCACAUAUGCAUUGGACACUGGUCACCUACUGUUUUACCCACUUUAUAUGUAUAUACUGUAUUCUAGUCAUUGAACACUGGUCACUUUAAUAAUGUUUCAUACAAAACACAUCAUUAUAUGUACAGUGGGGAGAACAAGUAUUUGUUACACUGCCGAUUUUGCAGGUUUUCCUACUUACAAAGCAUGUAAAGGUCUGUAAUUUUUAUCAUAGGUACACUUCAACUGUGAGAGACGGAAUCUAAAACAAAAAUCCAGAAAAUCACAUUGUAUGAUUUUUAAGUAAUUAAUUUGCAUUUUAUUGCAUGACAUAAGUAUUUGAUCACCUACCAACCAGUAAGAAUUCCGGCUCUCACAGACCUGUUAGUUUUUCUUUAAGAAGCCCUCCUGUUCUCCACUCAUUACCUGUAUUAACUGCACCUGUUUGAACUCGUUACCUGUAUAAAAGACAUCUGUCCACACACUCAAUCAAACAGACUCCAACCUCUCCACAAUGGCCAAGACCAGAGAGCUGUGUAAGGACAUCAGGGAUAAAAUUGUAGACCUGCACAAGGCUGGGAUGGUCUACAGGACAAUAGGCAAGCAGCUUGGUGAGAAGGCAACAACUGUUGGCGCAAUUAUUAGAAAAUGGAAGAAGUUCAAGAUGACGGUCAAUCACCCUUGGUCUGGGGCUCCAUGCAAGAUCUCACCUCGAGGGGCAUCAAUGAUCAUGAGGAAGGUGAAGGAUCAGCCCAGAACUACACGGCAGGACCUGGUCAAUGACCUGAAGAGAGCUGGGACCACAGUCUCAAAGAAAACCAUUAGUAACACACUACGCCGUCAUGGAUUAAAAUCCUGCAGCGCACGCAAGGUCCCCCUGCUCAAGCCAGCGCAUGUCCAGGCCCAUCUGAAGUUUGCCAAUGACCAUCUGCAUGAUCCAGAGGAGGAAUGGGAGAAGGUCAUGUGGUCUGAUGAGACAAAAAUAGAGCUUUUUGGUCUAAACUCCACUCGCCGUGUUUGGAGGAAGAAGAAGGAUGAGUACAACCCCAAGAACACCAUCCCAACCGUGAAGCAUGGAGGUGGAAACAUCAUUCUUUGGGGAUGCUUUUCUGCAAAGGGGACAGGACGACUGCACCGUAUUUAGGGGAGGAUGGAUGGGGCCAUGUAUCGCGAGAUCUUUGCCAACAACCUCCUUCCCUCAGUAAGAGCAUUGAAGAUGGGUCGUGGCUGGGUCUUCCAGCAUGACAACGACCCGAAACACACAGCCAGGGCAACUAAGGAGUGGCUCCGUAAGAAGCAUCUCAAGGUCCUGGAGUCGCCUAGCCAGUCUCUAGAUCUGAACCCAAUAGAAAAUCUUUGGAGGGAGCUGAAAGUCCAUAUUGCCCAGUGACAGCCCUGAAACCUGAAGGAUCUGGAGAAGGUCUGUAUGGAGGAGUGGGCCAAAAUCCCUGCUGCAGUGUGUGCAAACCUGGUCAAGACCUACAGGAAACGUAUGAUCUCUGUAAUUGCAAACAAAGGUUUUUGUACCAAAUAUUAAGUUCUGCUUUUCUGAUGUAUCAAAUACUUAUGUCAUGCAAUAAAAAGCAAAUUAAUUACUUAAAAAUCAUACAAUGUGAUUUUCUGGAUUUUUGUUUUAGAUUCCGUCUCUCACAGUUGAAGUGUACCUAUGAUAAAAAUUACAGACCUCUACAUGAUUUGUAAGUAGGAAAACCUGCAAAAUCGGCAAUUUAUCGAAUACUUGUUCUCCCCACUACCUAUUGUCCAUUUAUAGUCCGGUCUCUGACAUUGCUUGUUCUGAUAUUUUUCUGGAUUAUGUGUGUAUUGUAAAAAAAUUACAAUAAUUACUGCACUGUUGGAGCUAGAAAAACAAGCAUUUCGCGAUAACAUAUACAAAAUGUAAAUAGAUUUUGAUCUAAGACCCCACUCUCUCCCACCCCCCAAAUUCUCCCCACUUUCCCCCUCCAGGAGUGGAAUGUCACCCGGCUGACCUUCGAGUACGACUCGGAGCCCUAUGGGACGGAGCGCGACGCCACCAUCCUGAAGAUGGCGCAGGACUUUGGCGUGGAGACGCGCGUCAGGAACUCCCACACGCUUUACAAACUGGCCAGGUCAGAGUUCAUUUAAUCUCCUCAUGCCGCCACUGAGCACCUCACCACCAGCUUAGUGGCAGAGCUCUGGGUUGAAGUUCCCCUUUGGACACAGAUCUAGAAUCAGUUUACCAUCCCCACAGCUUAAAUGUAACCAUUUGGAGGUGAAUGCUAAACUGACCUCAGAUCAGUGUUUUGGAGCAUCUUAAUCCCGUGCUGCUCUCGUCUGAUAUUAGUUGAAUGUUUGUCUGUGGUGGUGUUUGCCUCGCACGAGGUCUGCCAUUUUGUUGUUGAUGUUUAUAAACACGGAUCAAUAUUCAUUAUUGGUCUGGCACUUUGAAAUGCAGGACAGUUAACAAAUAUCGGUCAGCAUUUAUCCAGAACAGAGGCCUACAUGGAUAGAAAUGGCCUUUAAUACAUUUCAUUCACUCUUUUCACUUCUUUUGAAUGGCGUUUGCAAAAGUAACAGUUGGCCUAAUAGAGUGACUUUGACAUUUUUUGCACAGCUGUGCUCCUCACUGGAUAAUUUCUUGGAUGCCCGAUCUCUGCUGGUAUCGCUUUUCCUUCAACUGAGAAAUUAUUGAUGUGAUACAAGCUGACAAGGUCUGAAUUGCAGGCAGGAUAGCAAAAAUCCUUGCAGUCUUUUGUAUGGACAUCUCUGUUGCCUUGGUCUCCAGUGGAUUGUGACUCAAAAAAACAGUGACACGAGUGUCUGGAUGGCACAGAGUGGAGUGGCAUUUUUCUCUCAGAGAUGCAUACUGGCACACGCGUCCAGACACACAAGUCCAACCGGUGUCAGCGACGUGACACGGGCCGUGGGUUCUCAUCAGCCUCACCGUCAGCCCCAGCGAUUUUAAGUGAAAGAGCAAAUGGGAGUGUUUCAUAGGGCGAAACCAGUCCAAGAUAAGAAGGCAUUACUUCACUGCUGCUCAGACACAGGCAUAUGAGGCAGGGCUGGGAGAGGACAUGCACACAGAUCAUCUGAUUAGACUGUGUGUGUUUGCUGUGUAGCGCCUGAGUGUGAGGAACCCUCUGUGUCUACUGCCUACGGUCCUGUCAAAGGGUGGCUUAUGGCAUUCAGGCAUUGUCUAUGGCCUUGCUGUGCCAGCAUGGGGACUAGCCUAAAUGAAUGGUUAGCCUCUACGUUCCUGAGCCCAGUAGACUGCUGCUGUGUCCAUGUGUGGGAUAAAUAGCUUGAGCACAGCAGACAUUCAACUAGGGCCAUCUACAGUGCCUUCAGAAAGUAUUCACACCCCUUGACUUAUUCCACAUUUUGUUUUGUUACAGCCUGAAUUCAAAAUGGAUUAAAUCAAUGUUUUUCACACCCAUCUGCACACAAUACCCCAUAAUGACAAAGUGACAACAUGUUAAACAUUUCAAUGCACAUUUGAUUGAAAAAUGAAAUACAGAAAUAUCUAAUCUACAUAAGUAUUCAUACCCCUGAGUCAAUACAUGUUAGAAUCACCUUUGGCAGCGAUUACAGCUGUGAGUCUUUCUGGGUAAGUCUCUUAAGAGCUUUGCACACCUGGAUUGGACAAUAUUUGCUCAUUAAAGAGUCCAUUUAAGUUGUAAGUCUGACAAGGGACUGCUGGUAAAGUAAAGACCAGUCACUAUUCACUUGAAGCAUUUUUCUUCAAAGAUUCAGGCUGAUAGUGGGUCUGGUGAUGAGGGCAGGUUCAGGCUGAUAGUGGGUCUGGUGAUGAGGGCAGGUUCAGGCUGAUAGUGGGUCUGGUGAUGAGGGGAGAUUCAGGCUGAUAGUGGGUCUGGUGAUGAGGGCAGGUUCAGGCUGAUAGUGGGUCUGGUGAUGAGGGGAUAUUCAGGCUGAUAGUGGGUCUGGUGAUGAGAGGAGAUUCAGGCUGAUAGUGGGUCUGGUGAUGAGGGGAGAUUCAGGCUGAUAGUGGGUCUGGUGAUGAGGGCAGAUUCAGGCUGAUAGUGGGUCUGGUGAUGAGGGCAGAUUCAGGCUGAUAGUGGGUCUGGUGAUGAUUUUUUUCUUCAAAGAAUUAGGAUCCCACAUGCUGUUGGUAGUUGUUAUCUAAAUGUGUGUGAAUCUGUUUAACAUUUAAGGAGGAGGAGAGAGUGAUGAGAGAGGAAGAGGAGGAGAGUGAUGAGAGUGUAGGAGGAGGAGGAGGAGUGAUGAGAGUGAUGAGAGAGGAGGAAGAGUAUGAUAGGAAAUAGUGAUGGGGUAGAAAUCAAUGGUUACAUAUCCCAAUUAUUCUUUUUGGAAGAUAUUAUAUCGAUAUUUGACUCAAAGUAUCGAUUAGUAAAAUAUAUAUAUAUAUAUAUAUACACACAGUACCAGUCAAAAGUUUGUACACCUACUCAUUCCAUUGUUUUUUUUGUUUUGUUUUUUUACUAUUUUCUACAUUGUAGAAUAAUAGUGAAGACAUCAAAACUAUGAAAUAACACAUAUGAAAUCAUGUAGUAACCAAAAAAGUGUUAAACAAAUCAAAAUACAUUUUAUAUUUUAGAUUCUUCAAAGUAGCCACCCUUUGCCUUGAUGAUAGCUUUGCACACUGUUGGCAUUCUCUCAACCAGCUUCAUGAGGUAGUCACAUGGAAUGCCUUCUUAAAAGUUAAUUUGUGUAAUUUCUUUCCUUCUUAAUGCGUUUGAGUCAAUCGGUGGUGUUGUGACAAGGUAGUGGGGGUAUACAGAAGAUAGCCCUAUUUGGUAAAAGACUAAGUCCAUAUUAUGGCAAGAACAGCUCAAAUAAGCAAAGAGAAACAACAGCCCAUCAUUACUUUAAGACAUGAAGGUCAGUCAAUACGGAACAUUUCAAGAACUUUGGAAGUUUCUUCAAGUGCAGUCACAAAAACCAUCAAGCGCUAUGAUGAAACUGGCUCUCAUGAGGACCGCCACAGGAAAGGAAGACCCAGAGUUACCUCUGCUGCAGAGGAUAAGUUCAUUAGAGUUAACUGCACCUCAGAUUACAGCCCAAAUAAAGGCUUCACAGACUUCAAGUAACAUACACAUCUCAACAUCAACUGUUCAGAGGAGACUGUGUGAAUCAGGCAUUCAUGGUCGAAUUGCUGCAAAGAAACUACUACUAAAGGACACCAAUAAGAAGAAGAGACCUGCUUGGGCCAAGAAACACGAGCAAUGGACAUUAGACCGGUGGAAAUCUGCUUGGUCUGAUGAGUCCAAAUUUGAGAUUUUUGGUUCCAACCGCUGUGUCUUGGUGAGAUGCAGAGUAGGUGAACGGAUGAUCUCCGCAUGUGUGGUUCCCACCGUAAAGCAUGGAGGAGGAGGUGUGAUAUUGUGGGGGUGCUUUGCUGGUGACACUGUCUGUGAUUUAUUUAGAAUUCAAGGUACACUUAACCAGCAUGGCUACCACAGCAUUCUGCAGCGAUACGCCAUCCCAUCUGGUUUGGGCUUAGUGGGACUAUCAUUUGUUUUUCAACAGGACAAUGACCCAAAACACACCUCCAGGCUGUGUAAGGGCUAUUUUACCCAGAAGGAGAGUGAUGGAGUGCUGCAUCAGAUGACCUGGCCUCCACAAUCACCCAACCUCAACCAAAUUGAGAUGGUUUGGGAUGAGUUGGACUGCAGAGUGAAGGAAAAGCAGCCAACAAGUGCUCAGCAUAUGUGGGAACACCUUCAAGACUGUUGGAAAAGCAUUCCUCAUGAAGCUGGUUGAAAGAAUGCCAAGAGAUGUCAUCAAGGCAAAGGGUGGCUACUUUGAAGAAUCAACAUUUAAAUUUUUAUUUGUUUAAAUUUUUUGGGGGGUUACUACAUGAUUCCAUAUGUGUUAUUUCAUAGUUUUGAUGUCUUCACUAUAUUCUACAAUGUAGAAAAUAGUACAAAUAAAGAAAAACCCUUGAAUGAUUAGGUGUGUCCAAACUUUUGACUGGUACAUGUAUAUAUUUUAAUUGUUUCCUUUGCUACUGUAGGUAGCGUUAGCUAGCGCUAGUCGGCUGUACCUGUGCCAAAACUCUGGUAUUUUUCAUCCUAUCGCUUGUUCUCGAUCUAAAAUGGUGAGCCAAUUUUAGUUUUCUCAUGCUCUCUCUAGUCUCUCUGCAGCAGACAUACGGUGAGCAAUAUGUUUGGAACAUAAAAUCGCACUAUUCGAAUCGCAAUACAUAUAGAAUCAUGAGAAUACCAAUACAUAUGGUAUCAUAAUAAUAUUGUGAGGUCCCUGGCAAUUCCCAGCCCAAAUGGGAAAAGGUUAGAUGAGAGAAGACAGAUAGAGAGGGGAAGAUUUACUUCUCUUGACUUGAAGGGAGACCCCCCCCCCCCCCGCAAAAAAACAACAACCUCCACAUGAUGUCUUUUUGUCUUACCUGUUGAUCCAGAACAAGCACACACGGUCAAUUACAGUCUCACGCCUGAUCAUUUCCUCCCAGGGUUUGCUGUCCCCUGUUGGUUGUGAGAUGAUAUCACCGUCACACUACACAGCAUGUGCUGAGGGGAGCUCUGCAGCAGUCAGCCAUGGCCUAGCGCCAGACAAGGAGGCUCUGUCCUGAUAGAGAGAGCGGUGCACAGUGUUCCCACUCUAACUAUAGCCCAAUAUCUUUCAGUCUGUUUUUCUCUUCUUUUUUUUUUUUCUUUCUGCUCGGCGAAGCACAAAAACUACGAAUGCCCUGACUUCUGCAGAGGCCAUAUCACAGUAAAUACUUAUGAAUGCCCUGACUUCUGCAGAGGCCAUAUCACAGUAAAUACUUAUGAAUGCCCUGACUUCUGCAGAGGCCAUAUCACAGUAAAUACAUAUGAAUGCCCUGACUUGUGCAGAGGCCAUAUCACAGUAAAUACAUAUGAAUGCCCUGACUUCUGCAGAGGCCAUAUCACAGUAAAUACAUAUGAAUGCCCUGACUUGUGCAGAGGCCAUAUCACAGUAAAUACAUAUGAAUGCCCUGACUUGUGCAGAGGCCAUAUCACAGUAAAUACAUAUGAAUGCCCUGACUUGUGCAGAGGCCAUAUCACAGUAAAUACAUAUGAAUGCCCUGACUUCUGCAGAGGCCAUAUCACAGUAAAUACAUAUGAAUGCCCUGACUUCUGCAGAGGCCAUAUCACAGUAAAUACUGCACGGCCAAUGCAGAUGUCAGAUUGACCAUGCAGAGCCUCUCAUAAAUACACACUGCUCAAAACGGUUGUUUUUUCAAAGGUUGAUUUCUAUUAGUGUCUCAGAAGAACAUCACUAAUUUAUCACGUACCUUGCAGAAAGCCUACAAGCCAUCCAAGUCCCCCCAAAAGACCUAUGAUAGAUUACCAGGAUUACAUUUUCUAGGUAAGCUUUUUAGAUGUCCCAGGCACAGCUAUUAGUAAUCUGAAUGUCCUGAAUUAUGUUGACUUGUAAAUGCUAGUCUGCUGCUGCAGCCGUGCCGCUGGGCUAAUUAGAAGACUGUGACCUUCAGUGAUGCAGACUUGGGUAUUAACUGUGAUGACACACUGGCACAGCACAUGCUGCGUCUGUUGUACUGAGGUAAACAACACGUUGGUUAGAAAACGUUUCCCUCUCGUGUGUCUGUGUGCACGCUUGAUUCCCUCCCCCGAACAUCCUGUCCUCGGAUCAGGACUGUCUGUUUACGAAUGGUUCCCCUCUGGGUUUCAUUAUAACCCUUGGCUGCCAUUGUGGCUCUGUGAAGGAUUGAUGACGUGGCAGGGGCUGAGAUGCCAGAUGCAAGGAAAUACUCCUAAAAUGAAGCAACUGUUAAUCUAUAUCUGUGAAAGACAGGAACAGACUCUGGUCUCUCCCUCUCCUUAUAGGAACAGACUCUGGUCUCUCCCUCUCCUCACAGGAACAGACUCUGGUCUCUCCCUCUCCUUAUAGGAACAGACUCUGGUCUCUCCCUCUCCUCACAGGAACAGACUCUGGUCUCUCCCUCUCCUUAUAGGAACAGACUAUGGUCUAUCCCUCUCCUUACAGGAACAGACUCUGGUCUCUCCCUCUCCUUAUAGGAACAGACUCUGGUCUAUCCCUCUCCUUAUAGGAACAGACUCUGGUCUAUCCCUCUCCUUACAGGAACAGACUCUGGUCUCUCCCUCUCCCUAUAGGAACAGACUCUGGUCUCUCCCUCUCCUUACAGGAACAGACUCUGGUCUCUCCCUCUCCUCAAAGGAACAGACUCUGGUCUAUCCCGUCUCCUUACAGGAACAGACUCUGGUCUCUCCCUCUCCUUAUAGGAACAGACUCUGGUCUCUCCCUCUCCUCACAGGAACAGACUCUGGUCUCUCCCUCUCCUUAUAGGAACAGACUCUGGUCUCUCCCUCUCCUCACAGGAACAGACUCUGGUCUCUCCCUCUCCUUAUAGGAACAGACUAUGGUCUAUCCCUCUCCUUACAGGAACAGACUCUGGUCUCUCCCUCUCCUUACAGGAACAGACUCUGGUCUCUCCCUCUCCUUACAGGAACAGACUCUGGUCUCUCCCUCUCCUUAUAGGAACAGACUCUGGUCUCUCCCUCUCCUUAUAGGAACAGACUCUGGUCUAUCCCUCUCCUUACAGGAACAGACUCUGGUCUCUCCCUCUCCUUAUAGGAACAGACUCUGGUCUCUCCCUCUCCUUAUAGGAACAGACUCUGGUCUCUCCCUCUCCUUAUAGGAACAGACUCUGGUCUCUCCCUCUCCUUAUAGGAACAGACUCUGGUCUCUCCCUCUCCUCACAGGAACAGACUCUGGUCUCUCCCUCUCCUUAUAGGAACAGACUCUGGUCUAUCCCUCUCCUUACAGGAACAGACUCUGGUCUCUCCCUCUCCUUACAGGAACAGACUCUGGUCUCUCCCUCUCCUUACAGGAACAGACUCUGGUCUCUCCCUCUCCUUAUAGGAACAGACUCUGGUCUCUCCCUCUUCUCAUAGGAACAGACUCUGGUCUCUCCCUCUUCUCAUAGGAACAGACUCUGGUCUCUCCCUCUCCUCACAGGAACAGACUCUGGUCUCUCCCUCUCCUUAUAGGAACAGACUCUGGUCUCUCCCUCUCCUCACAGGAACAGACUCUGGUCUCUCCCUCUCCUCACAGGAACAUACUCUGGUCUCUCCCUCUCCUUAUAGGAACAGACUCUGGUCUCUCCCUCUCCUUAUAGGAACAGACUCUGGUCUCUCCCCCUCCUUAUAGGAACAGACUCUGGUCUAUCCCUCUCCUUACAGGAACAGACUCUGGUCUCUCCCUCUCCUUAUAGGAACAUACUAUGGUCUCUCCCUCUCCUUACAGGAACAGACUAUGGUCUCUCCCUCUCCUUACAGGAACAGACUCUGGUCUCUCCCUCUCCUUACAGGAACAGACUCUGGUCUCUCCCUCUCCUUACAGGAACAGACUCUGGUCUCUCCCUCUCCUUACAGGAACAGACUCUGGUCUCUCCCUCUCCUUACAGGAACAGACUCUGGUCUCUCCCUCUCCUUACAGGAACAGACUCUGGUCUAUCCCUCUCCUUAUAGGAACAGACUCUGGUCUAUCCCUCUCCUUAUAGGAACAGACUCUGGUCUCUCCCUCUCCUUACAGGAACAGACUCUGGUCUCUCCCACUCCUUACAGGAACAGACUCUGGUCUCUCCCUCUCCUUACAGGAACAGACUCUGGUCUCUCCCUCUCCUUACAGGAACAGACUCUGGUCUAUCCCUCUCCUUACAGGAACAGACUCUGGUCUCUCCCGCUCCUUACAGGAACAGACUCUGGUCUCUCCCUCUCCUUAUAGGAACAGACUCUGGUCUCUCCCUCUCCUUAUAGGAACAGACUCUGGUCUCUCCCUCUCCUUACAGGAACAGACUCUGGUCUCUCCCUCUCCUUACAGGAACAGACUCUGGCCUCUCCCUCUCCUUACAGGAACAGACUCUGGUCUCUCCCUCUCCUCACAGGAACAGACUCUGGUCUCUCCCCUUCUUAUGAAUCCAGGAUGUGGCCUUUUGUUCAAAACUGAUGAAAAAAAUCUAAUCCAGACGAGGGCUUUGCUUUGAAAAAGUUACAUCAGCAGCUCAGCGUAAUGAAGCAGUACCUCACAUGAUUGGUGGUUUGCUAUACAGGCUACCCAUUGGCUCUGCCACAGAGCAGACAAUACUUCAUCAAUUUGCAACUGAUUAUCAAAUUAUUAUUCCUAGCCGAACUACUGUAGGAUCGUAUUAAUUAAAGCACACCGUAGCCAAAUACUGUAGCAAAACUUGUGCAAUGGAAAGUUUAGGUAGUCCCUCCCUGUUUCAGUCCAUUUUCUUCCAUUUGGUAGCUAAUGAAUACGACCUGGUUAGUGAACACCUGUGGUUUCACUGUUCUAGGAUCAUUGAGAUGAACAACAACAUGCCCCCGUUGACCUUCAAGCGCUUCCAGGCCGUCGUCCAGCGGCUGGAGCUGCCCAAGAAGCCCCUCCCCACUGUCACCCGGCAACAGAUGGACUGCUGCCAGACAUGCGUCGCUGCCAAUCACGACGAGCGUUACAGAGUGCCCUCCCUCGAGGAACUAGGUGAGGCACUCGUGUGUGUGUGUGUGUGUGUGUGCGCGCCUGCCUGGGGUGUGUAUGUGUUGGUAUCUCUCAUCAUGGUCUGAUAGUGAUAAGUGGAUUUAAUUGUGAAUGAAGGAAUGAAUUUGACAACAACAAAAAAUAUCGGGCAGGUUUUAAGACUCACGGCUUGGGUCCUGCUGCGUGGAGGGGCGGGGAGACUGAGGCACUGGAGAGACUGAACUAUCACAUGGACCAAAAGGUGAGUCACCUGAUCUGGGUGUAUCCAGGCCUGGCAUAGUGACCGGCCGGCCAGGACUCCCUGGCCACCUCCAUCACAAACACUGAAGAUAAUGUUAGUGUGGAUGCUUAUUCAAGUACUUUGCCUAGUGAUCAACCUACAGUAUGUUUUAGUAGACCUACAUAGUGUGAUCGCUAAUUUGCAAUCAUGACUAGUCACGUGUGGACCUAACUGAUCAAUACGCUGAUGGAUGUUCCACCGCCUCACUUAGAAUUCUAGAAGAGCCUGUGGAAUAAGUUCUUCCCUCUUUGGCACUCCCAAUGUGAAUGUCUGCCCUACGUCAAGUUCAACCUCAUGUUCAUCUUUAUUGUGGGUGACCUAUGAACCCUACCAUACAAAACAUCAAACAAAAACCAUCAAUGCUGUUCUAACAUUCAUACAUCUAUCCAGACCACUGGAGCUAAACUCAAUAUCCUACAACUAACACCUAUUGCUGAUGACUACAUUACCCAUGAUUCUUUGCUCGGUCCCUAGGGCUGGAUGGUGAACUUGGAGCGUCCGAGAAUCAGUGUGUCUUCCCUGAUGGCCAGUCCCACAGGCCUGAGUCCCUACCUCCGUUUUGGCUGCCUCUCCUGUAGAACCCUCUACUACAGACUCAGAGAGCUCUACGUGAUGGUGAGUUCCCUAGAUCUCUGCUGUUCCUAGAGAUCUGCUGCUCUGCUCUUCCCUAGAUCUCUGCUGUUCCCUAGAUCUCUGCUGUUCCCUAGAUCUCUGCUGCUCUGCUGUUCCUAGAUCUCUGCUGCUCUGCUGUUCCCAGAUCUCUGCUGCUCUGCUGUUCCUAGAUCUCUGCUGCUCUGCUGUUCAUAGAGCUCUGCUGCUCUGCUGUUACUAGAGCUCUGCUGUUACUAGAGCUCUGCUGUUACUAGAUCUCUGCUUCUCUGCUGUUCCUGAAGCUCUGCUUUUCCUAGAUCUCUGCUGCUCUGCUGUUCCUAGAUCUCUGCUGCUCUGCUGUUCCUAGAUCUCUGCUGCUCUGCUGUUCCUAGAUCUCUGCUGUUCCUAGAUCUCUGCUGCUCUGCUGUUCCUAGAGCUCUGCUGCUCUGCUGUUACUAGAGCUCUGCUGUUACUAGAGCUCUGCUGUUACUAGAUCUCUGCUUCUCUGCUGUUCCUGAAGCUCUGCUGUUCCUAGAUCUCUGCUGCUCUGCUGUUCCUAGAUCUCUGCUGCUCUGCUGUUCCUAGAGCUCUGCUGUUCCUAGAGCUCUGCUGUUCCUAGAUCUCUGCUGCUCUGCUGUUCCUAGAGCUCUGCUGUUCCUAGAGCUCUGCUGUUCCUAGAGCUCUGCUCUUGUGUGUGAAGUCACUUUCACCUCCUUGUUGUUUGAUUGAUAUCUAAUGUUUUGUAUUCUGUAAAUCCCUCCUACCAUACCCCUCCUAUCUACACCUCCUAUCUACCAUAUCCCCGGACCCAUCUCUUAAACUCACCACAUCCCCAUUCUCCUCCACUCCACCCCCCCUCCUCCACCCCUCCACUAUGCCCUACCCUCCUCCUCCACCACACCCUACCCUCCUCCUCAACCACACCCUACCCCCAUCCAGGCACGUAAGCACUGCACGCCACCGCUCUCGCUCUUCGCCCAGCUCCUGUGGCGGGAGUUCUUCUACACGGCUGCCACCAACAACCCCAAGUUCGACCGCAUGGAGGGAAACCCCAUCUGCGUGCAGAUCCCCUGGGACAACAACCCUGAGGUUCUGGCCAAGUGGGCCGAGGGGCAGACGGGCUUCCCUUGGAUCGACGCCAUAAUGACCCAGCUGAGGCAUGAGGGCUGGAUCCACCACCUGGCCAGACAUGCUGUAGCUUGCUUCCUCACCAGGGGGGACCUGUGGAUGAGCUGGGAGAGUGGUAUGAAGGUACGAGGGAAUCUCCAUCUCUGCAAUCUACUGCCUGUGUAGUUCUGCCUAUGUGGCCCGAUGGAAAUAUAACUAGAAUGGACGACACCAUUCAAGUCAAUGUUCUGUCAUGGGUUUACCCAUAGAAUCAGAACUUCCUGCUUUACUCCUGUUUCUAUGGGUGGCCCAACCUUCUUCAGGACAGCUGCUGGGUGUGCUUUUGCUCUAGCUCCAAUCCACUAAUCAGUUGCUCAUGGUGACCUUGAUGAUGAUUAGCUUCUCCUAACCUUAACCUAAUUCUCCUAACCUGCUAGGAAAAGUCAAUUUUGACAAAAGCUGUAUCCCUUCUAGACAACCAGGUGACUGCUUUAAUAGCGUUCUCUCUUUUGAUGUAUUGCAGGUGUUUGAGGAGCUGCUCCUGGAUGCAGACUGGAGUGUGAAUGCAGGCAGCUGGAUGUGGCUCUCCUGCAGCUCCUUCUUCCAGCAGUUCUUCCACUGCUACUGUCCUGUUGGCUUCGGCCGGAGGAUAGACCCCAGAGGAGACUACAUCAGGUACACACACACACACACACACACACACACACACACACACACACACACACACACACACACACACACACACCACACACACACCACACACACACACACACACACACACACCACACACACCACACACACCACACACACACACACACACAGGUUGUUCAAUCCACACAGGCCCCUCUACAGUAGUGGACUUGACAGAUUCAUAUCACAAUCUGUCCUUGAACACCAGAGCAGAGCUGCCAGGACUUCAGUCAGAUUCACCUCGUUGGGAACUUUGACAUUUUGACGGCUAGAUGUUUUUCCAUCGGUCGACUGAUACUACUCUGUAGUUCACAACAGGCGGUGAUAUGAAUUGCUCUGUGUUGCAUUGCUCUCCCCUUGAGCUAGUUUGUUGAGC